AUGCCAACCCCCACUGAAGGCUCUCGGACCAGGACUCCCCGGAGAGCUGCCGCGAGAGGUAAAUGGAGUGAAGAGCAGCUCUUCACUAGCGACAAGUCUCUCCUCAUUGACUUAGACCUUGUGAAACUGCUUACGCAACCGCAAGCAUGGAAUUGCCUUGAAGAAAGUGAGAAGCGGGAGAUCCUCGCUUUACUCCCCGCAGGCGUUCACCCCGAUGCGGAGACCACCACGGACGACCCAAAUGCCAAGAUACCUCCAAUUCCCGACAAUUUCAUCCGGUACUCGAAUAAUUGGCGAGAUGGUAUUCGUCAAUUCCAGCUCGAUCUACAAAAUGGCCGCUAUGACCCUGAAUGGCUGCACCAGGCCGAGGAUGCCAGACAGAAGCGCCAGGCCGGCGACUUCGACAACUUCAAAGAACGAGAAUACGAGCAGUUUUGGGGCCAAAAGCAAAAGGCAGCUAUGAGAGCAACUGCCGGGGAGAUGGCGCAUGUGAAAAUAAAAACCCUUAUUGACGAGGGUGCUUUCCGGCUCGGCGAUAUCUGGAGGUUUGAAUAUGUCUACGGCAAAGGGCCAGACAGAAUAUUCAUUCAGAAAGAGUCCAGAAUUGUCAAAUUUGAUGGAGUCAAGAUGACCUUUGCGAUCCCACCUGGUCAACUAGUGUUUCUCCGUGGCACUUCUCACCAAGCUCAGGAAUGCGGUGCUCCUGCAAAGGAUCAGAUAAACGCAGGACUCGAUAUGAAAAUACAUCCACAGACACUCACAACUCCUGCAGCUUCAAAUGAUAGAUCCUUGGAAGGUACCACAGAAGCUCCCUUGCACAGCGGCCCCUCUGCCCAGAAUCAUGACGAUACGCAAGUAUAUACCGGGACAGUGUCUGAGACUGUCGCGCAAUCUUCCAAUGAGGAGGAUCCAGAAAUUGCGAAAGACAUUAGUGUUAUAAUUGCCAAACCCGAUCGAAAAGAGAAUUCCAACGGUCUUAAGCGCCCAACUCAAAAUCCGCCUGAGAUUGAAUCCGAUUCCCCAGUGAAACGCAAUCGAGGACAGCCACCCAAGAAGCCCCGAAAGCUACUCGCGCCAAACCCCGCAUCGGAGACAUCCGACCUCGAAGAAAGCAACUCGACCCCUGCUCUUCCUUCCGAUCCAAACAUCAUGGCAAUAGCUGAUAUCACAUCUGUCCCUGUCCCAUCAUUGCCUGGAGAUGUACCUAUCGAUCUGGAUAUCACAGACGAGAUAGCUGAACAGCCCACUGACAUUGUCAAUGCUUCCAUAUCAAAGACUGAGGUAUCCUCGGAGAGCGAGCAGCAUGAAAUCGACAUUCCUGCAAGCUCUCAGGCGCAAGAUCCGAAUCUUAUCUCUUCUCAAUCUACGGCCAUUGAUGAAGAUGACAUCAUCGUCCCGAACAUUAUGUCGCCUGGCGGCCUUGCCAUAGCGAUGCUGCAGAUCGAUGGCCGCAUGCCCAACGGCCGUGUUGCGAAUGGCUGGAAAGACAUUCGCUGCAUCCGAAAUAAUCAGGACAUAGGAAGUCUCUUUGAUGUGCGAGAAGCUUGGUUCGUUCAGAAUGAACAGACGUAG